UUCCAUGCCGUCAGGCCGUCAAAAGCGUUCUAACACUCGCCACGAGCGGUCGCGAUCUUCAGUUUAUAGUGCCAAUAGCUUAUCGGUUUUACGUGCGCAUCUCACGUAGCAGAUAAGGGAUAACUUCCAUAACAUCCAUAACAUAAUGACGACUGAAGAAUUACAAGGUUCCUAUGGAGGCUUCUACUUUGGCUUCUGCACCCUGAUCUCACAUGUUCUUCUCGCGGGGAUCACCGCAGCCAUCGUCUACAAGUGUCUGGUUCUCAAGUUGGUACACACGGCUGGACAUGCUUUCUACUGUACAAUCGGCUUUGUUUUCUUCAUGGGCGAGGCGCUGCUAGUGCGAAAUAGCACAUAUCUCGAGUCCUGGCUGGGUCCUCUAAACCUUAACCGCCUACAUGCUGCCCUGGGUCUCCUGGCCUUUGUGGUUGGAGUCGGUGGGAUCGGUAUUAAGACUUGGCAAAAGCUGGAGCGUAAAUGGGAAGAUCCCAAUGCCUCCGUUCGCCACUUCAAGAGCAACCACGCAUUCUAUGGUAUUAUCGGCUGUGCUCUUCUGCUAGGUAGCGUUCUCACCGGUCUUCCGCUGUAUUUCAUCAGUGGUGGCUUCACCUUGAAAAUGCUCCAUCGAUUCUUUGGACUGACUGGAUUUCUAGCCCUAAUGGUCUCUCAAAUGUUCGGCUAUAACACCGGAUUCGGGCGACGACAGUGGAAGGCACAUCACCAGAAGCUCUUCAAGUUCUUCACAUUUAUCGCUACCAUAACUACAGCAAAUUACGAAUUUCGAAGAUUUGCACGGGAUAUUGUUGGAUUGGCAACAAAUUAUUUUGUUGGAUCAGAAGCAGUUGAAGCGAGAGAAGAUCUUUAAAGCUCUAUAGAUGAGCGAGUUGUUACUCUGGAAGAUCAAUACUUCAGGGCGAUUUGCGAGGAAACCAAUUCCGCAGCUAAGUAUUGUAGAUUUAUUAAUCACUCAAAAAUAGUAAAUGCGCUAUGCGCAACUGAUAAAUGUGCAAACGAAAUGAUCAUAUUCAUUGUGAAUUUCGUUUAUUAAACAUUUUGUUAUCUAGUUUGUGAAGGCUUUAGUUGUCUAUGUCAAUCGCACUCUACUUAACCAUAUCAAUGGAAUAUAGGAAAACCCACUAGUUUAUAAGCAACUUGCCAAGAACAUGAAUCAUUUUGAUUUUGUGCCUUUAUUGUAAUUUCACAUAUAUAGCUGUUGAUUAUUUAAAACAUAAAAUACAUACAUUUUCACUUA